UAUUUCUCCAUACCUAUUUUUGGGAUAAGUAUUCAUGCCAAGGCCUAGGUAUGUAUGCGCGAACGCUCUCACUAGUCAAAUUUUUAUUUUAAAGAAUUUGUCGAUUUAAAAAAGAAUUCACAUCAAAGACUGUUCUAAUAGUUUUCAGGUUUUGAAUGAAUUAUGGAAUAAUGUGAUCUGAGUCUGAUAUUGGUACUUACGAUUAGUGGGAAAUGAGCAAACUACUCCUUUAGUUACAUUGCAUGUUUAUCAUCGCUAUGUCCUACGAGACUCAAAGGAAUUCAAGCGUGUUUACUCUCCUUUUAUCCAUAGUGUAUUUUCUUUCUUUCUUGACGUUACUUUCAUUUCUAUUCUCUUUAUGCAUAUGAAAUUAUAGAUAUAUCAGCGACCAUCACGAUGUCAUGUGCCAUUUCAAAAUGGGAGGAAUGCGGAUGCGUUUGUUAAUUUUAAAAUUUUACGUUUUCGUAUGUUGCGCGUGUUUCGAGACUCAAGAAAUUUGUAAAAUGGUUGAUCUGAUAGCACAACGGUUUUUAAACGACACGUGUCUUGUCGUAUUUUCAAAUAAUGGUUGCGCAUUCAAGUCUGUGAUACCUGCGCUUUAUUUUGACCCGUACGACACUCUUUUGGAAAAUGAAAAUAUGGAUAGCGAGACUUACAAAACAACUUAUCUAACGGAAAUUUUGGAAAUUGGUUGCAAUGGGUUUGUUAUUCAAACUAAAAAUCCGGCACGGCAAUUUGUACUUUUGGAAGAAACUUUUGUUCUUGUCAAUAACAGGGGCAAUCGAAAAUUAAUUUUCUUGCCGCUACUGGAAAAAUCCUCGUUCAAGAAUCUUGAUUCUCAUUCAAUAGUUGAGACGAGAUCUGCCAAUUAUGUUCCAAAUUUAAUAAUGGUGGAACCUUCAGUCACCAAAAAUAUUUUUAAUUUGAAGACUCAUUAUUUUGGCGGGACUAGUAAUCAGUCAAAAGAAAUUAUCGUCUUGGAUACGUAUAACAUUACCUCAGGGAAAUUUUUAUUAGACGCAAACUUGUUUCCUGAUAAGAUAAAAGAUUUGCAAGGAAAAAUUUUGCGUGCUGCUGUUUUUCACUAUAUGCCAUACGUCGUUCUUACUGGGAAUGACACUCAAAAUAAUUCACAGAUCGACGGCACUGAAUGGCGGAUGGCAUUGCAAUUUGCUAAAUUCCAUAACUGCACUUUUGAGCGUUUUGUCAGCGAUGAAGAAUCGUGGGGAACAAUUUUUGAUAAUCGAACAGGAAACGGCGUCUUAGGUGCCCUCGUGGAGGACAGAGCUGACAUUGGAUUUGUGGCACUAUAUACGUGGUAUCAUGAAUCCUUGUAUUUGGAUUUAACAACGGCGUACAUAAGAACUGGAGUUACUUGUUUAGUUCCACCGCCACAUCGUUUGCCACUGUGGCGCUCGCCAAUUUUACCGUUUUCCCCAGAACUAUGGGCGGGAGUUGUCACAACCUUAAUUAUUUGUAACGUAGUCAGCUUUUUACUUCACUAUGGAGCUAAUUAUAUUUUUUUCGAAGAUAAUAAAAUAGUCUCCGCCAUUGCGGCUUUAGAAGUUGCCGGAAUAUUUCUUCAACAAGGAUUAAUAAAAAAUCGGAAAGAACUUUCGUGGCGCACAAUGGCAUUUAGCAUGUUAGCAGUGUCGGUAUUGCUGUGUACCGCUUACAGCAGUAGCUUGGCAUCAGCCAUGACAGUUCCCAGGUACGACGCCCCUAUAAAUAGCGCAGAAGACAUGGCGAAUCGUGAUCUAAAGUGGGCAGCCACUCACGAUGCUUGGAUAUUUUCAAUUUUGCAAACCGACGAUCCUGAAUUGAAAAUCGUAUUGAAGAAUUUUCGAAUUGUAAAAUUCAAUGAGAUUAUAAAACGCAGCGCAGAAAUGGAAUGGGGUUUCAGUAUAGAGAGACUAUCGUCUGGACAUUUUGCGGUUCAAGAAUACCUGCAGCAGAAGUACGUGGAGAAAAUGCACUUGAUGGCCAGUGACAUCUAUUGGGAAAAUUGCGUAUUCAUGUUACGGAAGAGUUCAGCGUACACGACAUGGUUUAGCCUGAGGAUUUUGCAAGUUCUGGCUUCCGGUAUACCAGCCCGUUGGGAAGACCAAGUUGUAGCAGAGUAUUUGGAUUAUGGGACCCAAAAAGCCGUGUCGAAAGAGACCUUCGUCGAUCAAGGACCGAUGAAGAUGACAGUGGCUCAAGUUCAAGGCACAUUCUUUAUCUUAUUUCUGGGACUGUUACUCGCUCUCUGUGUCUUCGUUGGUGAGAUCACUUUGAAAAGAUCUGUACAAAUAUAAAUAUAAAGACCUAUUACAUCAGUUAGCUCGUGUUUUAAUAAGGCUUAAAAGUUUCGACUGGUGACACAUAAGAUGUAAUUUUAGAACAGUAACAAGAACUCUACGGAAUAUUAAAAUUUACGUUUGGUGGCCAUAUUGCGCAUAUACGUUUGGUACAGCUCGGUACAUCAGGUAUAAUAAACUUUAUAGGUAAAAAGUAAUUAUUAUAUUCGUAUUACUUUCCAAUCGAUUUAUAGCAGAUCAUAGUGACGGUUUAAGAACCCUUAUGAAGAAACACUAUUGAACUCGCAAUAGUUACUAUUAAGAUUAAAUAGUAACUAUUCAUUGUCUAUAAUGCGUAGUAUCAGAAAAUAGUAGUAACUGUUGGGGAUAUUAUCAUUCGGAAUAGUUACUAUCGAAGUUCAAUAGCAGUUAAUAACGGUGUGACACAGUAACUAUUUGGGACAUUCAGGUAGUCAUUAUGCGGCGCAGUUACUAUUGAAUUGUAAUAACGAUUACUGUUAAAAAGCAAAUAAAAUAUUUGGUGUAGUUAUCGGUUGACUCAAAGUAUUUUGCGUCUUUAGAAUACUCACAUCUUUAAUCUUUUGACUUACUGGCAGACUGGUAACUAUAGUUUAUGUCUAUGAACACCUACAGACAGAUCUUGGAGGUUCAAUACUGAGUUUAACAAGAGCUUCUAAUACUGAAAAGGACUUGUAGAAUCUACAAAAAUUUUAACUAAAUUUCGGACUUUAUUUGAACCAGGGGUUUUAAAAAUUAUUCACCAAUCAUGUGUAAGGUUUAAAAAGAAUAAAAGAACGUAAUUGGCUGAUCCCGUCUAAAAUCCGUACGUGCAAACGUAAUCAGUGAUAAGUCUAGUUUUCCGAGUUUUCAGACUAAUACCAUUAAUCUAAAGAAGCUUUAAAGACUUCCUGAAAGACUUAUCUAUGA